AUGGCGCUGGGGACAGCGCCAGCCUCCGGGUGUGUGACACGAAACCGCGGGCUCACUCUCCGCUCCCCCCGCCCUCGACCGCCCGAGGAAGCCCGCUGGGGCCGGGCCGGGCCGCCCCGACCACUCACCAGCGGGCAGAAGCAAAGCUGCCCCGAGCUGCUGCCCCGAGCUGCUGCCCCGAGCUGCUGCCCCGAGCUGCUGCCCCGAGCUGCUGCCCCGAGCUGCUGCCCCGAGCUGCUGCCUCAGGCCCGCGCCGCCCCGGCAGCCGCCCCGCGGGAGAACCGGCGCUGCCGGGCGGCCGCUCCCCCCCGCCGCGCUCACCGGCGCCUUCCGCAGGGCAGGAGGAGGGGAAAGUCGGCGAGGAACGCACCUGCCAGCCGGAGGGCUCUGCCCCGGGCCUUCCCCUUCGCUUGCGGGAAGGGAUCCCGCCGGGUCCCGCGCGAAGCGGUGAGGCGCCAGCCCGGCCCCGAGCGACCGUUGCGGCGUGAGGAGCCGCGCUCGGCCCGGUGCCGCCCCCGCCCGCUCGGCCUGGCGCUUCCCGCCGCAACCCCCGGCCCCGCGGCGCGGCUGCGGCCGGGCACCUCAUGGCCACCGGCGCCCAGGCCAUGUCGCGACUGCCCCGAUUUCCCCAGGCAGCCUCAUGAGCGGUUGGUUGCGCAUUCGAGCUCUACUGUCGCCACAGACGUUACUUCUUACCUGCAAAAAUUAAUCAUUAAAAUAGCGGCGCUUCCACGGUGA